CAUAAAUCUGAAGACUGGCAGAACAUCCACAAGGAAUGUUCCAUAAUUCUGACACAUCAUAGAACUACUGCACAUGGAAAUAAUCAUUAACUUUGAACUUUAACAGCAUUAUAAAUCUAGAAGAAAAUGAGAGCAGAAUGGUAAUUGGGUUUGUGUACCCUGUGUUACUGCACAGAGUCACUCAGGGGUUGUCCACGGCCAGUGGCUUUCAUCCAAGAUACACGGCCAGAUUCAAGAAAGGGCUUUGAGCCCUUUCUUGAGUAUGCUCAAAUCCUAUGGACAUUGCUAAUCUGAAAAAUUAGCAAGUAUAUACUAAAUCCUUUGGAAUGUAAGUGCCUUUCAGCCCUGAGGCUUUUAUAAUUUGUUUGAAUUAUGGUUAUGAAUCAAUAUGCAAGCACAGCAGCCACAUCCAGGAUAUAAUAAAAUAUUUCUUCAUUAUUUGUUUGUAGACAGAAAAGUAAUAGCAAACAUAAUUUGUUUUUAUUGCCAUUAUUAUUACAGGUUUUAUGGCACAAAUCUGUGAACAGUACUUUCUGGGAAAAACACCACCAUAUGAUGGAGCCAGUCAAAAGUGAAUGCAGAAAUUUGUCUCCCCUUGGUUAUUCAAUAAACAAUACUGUUAAAGUCAGUGGGGAGAACUCUUCAUGGCUUUUUUUUUUUUUCCCCUUAGGGGAGGAAAGAAGGGGGGAAACUUUUGAGAAAAGAAUCAGAAGAAAAAAAAAGAUUCUCUAGAGGAUUAUUUUUGAGAGAAUUUUUUUGUCCCCCCACUAAGAUAACUGCAAUCCCAGGUAUCAAGGAGAAAGAAGUAGGAACGAGUAAUUGUCAAAAUCUGUUCAUAAAACUGCUCAACAUGACAGAAUUGCUGAGAUUCAUCUCCUUCUCUUCUGCCACACAGGAUGGAAAGUAAGAACGUCUUCCUAAGCCUACUGCUCUGCUACAGUUUGCUCAGAGCUGCCAGUUCUUACCUGGUAAUCGAGGAGAAGACAGAAUGCAACCUGUCAAAGAACAACAAAAUGAACCUCCCAGAUCUCCCACCCAUCUCCAUCGUAGAUUUAACUAAAAGAUCCCAGAAAGUCAGCAGAAAAGAGGCAGAGAAUAAGAAAUCUUCCAAGAAAAAUGCUGAACUGAAGAAACCUCCAAAACCAAGGCCCACACCUGCUGCUGACUGCGUGCCAAACUUCAAAACCUGCAAACCACACUUGAAUUCCUGUUGUAACUACUGUGCCUUGUGCAAAUGCCGAAUUUUUCAGACGAUCUGCCAGUGUCUAUUGUUAAACCCAAAGUGCUAGACCAAUUUAGGAACAUAUUAAGGCCAUUAUCUUUCAUUAGCUUCUCGAGUGUAUAUGUCAAACUGCCUAAUGCACGUAGAAAUCAAAGUAGAGAGCUUUGAAGCUGGUAGGUUGGAUUUGUUUCUCUUCAAUGGACAAUUAUUUUCUUCAUGGGAUUGAUGCUGUCAUAAACAAAACGGGCUUUUUAGGAAGCUGACAACCAGGAAGAUAGACUUUGAACUGGCAUUCUUGGCAAAAUUAACUUGCAUUUAAGGAGAAUUCUGGGUCUCAGUGUUUGCGGAUUGUUAGAGUUGUAAUUUGGCUUUUGUUGUUUGCUUGUUUUUCUUUUUUGGUUGGUAGCUGGGUUUUUUGUUCUUUUCUUUGAGAAGGGAUUUAUUAACCAAAUAUUUCAGUACAGUCUAACCAGCACAGCAAAACCUGCCCACAAUCUGCCACACUGAAAUAGGACUUCUCAACUCAUGUGAGACCAGAGCUUAGGUUUGCCCUCAAGGACAGCACAGCACAGGCUUCCAGCAGAUCCAAUAUGUAAAACUGAAAAUGCAGGUUUCCUGGUUAACUCCCCCCUCACACAUUCCACAAAAAUUAGGACUAAAACCUUUGUAGGUUACUCUAGCUGAAGGCUACAGCAGCAAACUUUGGCUCGAAACAAGACAUCUUCCUCUUCUUGUGGAAUACUGAUUUGUCCCAGAUGACAUAGCAGAGAAUCUUCCCUGGCUAAGCUACCAGGAGAAAGGUCAUAGGAGAGCAGGGAGGAGCAGACCUAGAAGUGCCCAACACUGAAGACUGUUCAUCUGCCAGACUCCAGUUCUCCUGCUUCCCACCUUUUCUGUUCUGCAUCUGCCAUAUUCCUCUCUUUCCCCAGAGUGCAUGCACUCUUCUUCCUCCCAUGGGCCUCUCUUGAUUUUAGUCUUUUCCCUUCCUCCCACCAUUAUGGUUAGUCACCUGAGGAUCCCUGAAUUUUCCAAUGAUCUGCAGUUGCAAUUUGAAGGAAAUUUCUCAGCUGAUUUCUUUCUAAGAGCAGCUAAGGGCUACGAAAUUGCCCAGGCGGGCAAAGACAAUAUAGAUGAUAAAUAGUCCCUAAAGUGGCUCAAGCCUUCUAACAUCAAUUCAAAGCCCAGAGCUUUAAAUUUAGGCUGGGUAUUGACAGAAGUGUCCGUUCACCUUUUUAGAGAGAUAUACAGUUGACAGAGAGUUUAAUUUGAGAGCACGAAUGAUGGCAGGAUGUCACUCUGUUCCUCAUCCAGCUGUCAUAUAUGAUGCAAGUUUAGAUUCUUUUAAAUGAGUGUUACUCCUUCUUUUAAUCAGAUAUCCUGGCUCAGGAAUCCAUGAGCUGUGGUACAAAGAGGAUGAGAAGAAAUACAACAUGGUGGUGGGUUUGGGAACAGAAUUUGACCCCUUCUUUUCCUAGGGGAGCUGUACAUUCUUGACAAGCUGUUCCAAAGUUUUCAUAAGAAGGUGUCCUCCGUUGAUACUAAAAUGAUAUCCAUAAUCACACAAUUUCUACCAUGGAAACAAGUACUUGUCUAAUCACAAGAGGCCACAGAAACUGUUUUAACAGGGUAAGUGGAAGCAGUGGAGGAAAUGGAAAGAAAGAGAGCCAAAAGUUAAACAGCUUGUGCUGUUCUCUCAACAAUAGCUCCCACUUCAGCUUGGCUGUCCGCUAAGGAAUUGGGCAGCGCUGAGACCCAGAGUGAGGAGUGAGGGACAUAGAAGCUGACCCAGCUUGUCCAGGGCAUGAAAGAAAAAGAAAGACUUCCACAUGAGAAUAAUGAGAUUUGUUGUGAAAUAUAGAGCACUUACUUUAUAACAUAGCAUUUAUGAAUAGUGUGUUUUGACAGAUUCGGUUUAUUAAUAAGACUUCCUCUUGUUUGUUGGAAUUUAUUAAGAAGAGAUUGUGCUUUCUUUGCCAUUCAUCAUCACACCAAAUAAUACAUACAAUCAGGUACUGAAAUCGUUAGUAGCCUACUUUUCUGGCUAAAGAUCACAUUGCAUGAGGGUGGAAUACAGAAAUCAGUAAGAUAUCUACUAUUUGCUUCCUGUAUUUAGUUUCAACAAGUAUUUAUGCUAAAGAGUUGGUUUUAUAUGUAAGAGCGCCCUAAGGGAGAUGUCAUCAGCACAGAUGAUAAAACACAUGCAUGACAAACACAGAGUUUCAUUUUAUCACAUAGGAAAAUGGCUUCACAAAUAACUUACUGAAAUAUAAGUUUAGAAACAGACCCAGCAAUGCUCUGAGAUGCAGAGAAACCUCACUCCUGGAGACCAAUGGAAAUGUUAUCUUGAUUACAACUGAGUAGCAUUAAGUACGAAUAAAUUGUUAUUAGCUAUUCCAAAUAUUGCCUCUCUU